AUGGAUCCGCAGUGGCCCGCUUACACCGAUUCAACAGGAAACAGAGCAGCCAACCAAUUUGGGAAUGGUCAUCCGUCGCAAAUGGCUCCGAAGUAUCCAGCUCCUGGGCCUGGAGGCCAGGUGCAACAACCACAAGCUCCGUUAGGCUACUCCUAUGAGACGUAUCAAAGUCCCACCGCUACAAAUCCUCCACCUUUACCUUCCAACGCCAAAUCUAUCUCUAUGACAUCGUCACCUUCCGCAACCCCGCUUACGCGGGAGUUUGUCGACCUUGACACCCCGAUGGAAGACGCAGAUCCUUACAAUCGAUCUAAAUAUCCUGUCAGACCAUCUCCCACGAGGACAAAUACCUACACUGGGCCGUCUCAAACCUACCAAUCUCCGCCAUCUGGUGCACCUUCAAGACCGCAAGCUCCGCGAUUACCCCCAAUACAGUCAACGGAUAUGAGCCUUGAACAGUUUUACCCGCAGAACGCCACGCUUCAGCUUCAUACCGCUUUUUCUCAAAACCAAAAGACCCAGCCAACACAUCUGAACCAGUCGACCUCUGUCCCAGAGACCCCUGUUAGAAGAGGGCCGGUGCCGAGGUUUCAAAAGAUCAAAUCAACACAAGAGCUGAAGCCGAAAAUAGCUGCCCAGCCCGCCCUGCGUCGUGCGAACCCGGAAGGCGGUUUCAUUAGCCCCCUACAAGCCCUUACAACUCAUUUACCAGCCACGUACCGGAUAUGUAACCCGACCUUCAAAUACGAGUCCUCGAGGAACCCACGUCGAGUAUUAACCAAGCCCAGUAAAGGAACCAAAAAUGAUGGGUACGAUAAUGAUGACAGCGAUUAUAUCCUAUAUGUAAAUGAUAUUCUGGGAAGUGAGGAGGGGAAUCACAAGAACCGGUACCUAAUUCUGGAUGUGCUUGGACAGGGAACAUUUGGUCAAGUCGUUAAGUGCCAGAACUUAAAAACACAAGAAGUAGUAGCUGUCAAGGUUGUAAAGAACCGAACGGCGUACUUUAACCAGAGCAUGAUGGAAGUCUCAGUUCUUGACCUGAUUAAUAGUAAGCUGGACAAAAAUGAUGACCAUCAUCUUUUGCGGCUGAAAGAUACUUUUAUUCACCGGCAGCAUCUAUGCUUGGUUUUCGAGCUUCUCAGUGUGAACCUGUAUGAACUGAUCAAGCAGAAUCAAUUUCGUGGGCUUAGUACAACACUGGUCCGUGUUUUUGCUCAACAGCUUCUAAAUGGAUUGGCUUUACUCAACAAAGCCCGCUUAAUCCAUUGUGAUUUGAAGCCGGAGAACAUUCUGCUCAAAAAUCUUGAGAGCCCGAUCAUAAAAAUCAUAGAUUUCGGAUCUGCUUGCGAUGAAAGGCAGACUGUGUAUACAUAUAUCCAGUCUCGGUUCUACCGCUCGCCUGAAGUCUUGUUGGGCCUGCCAUAUUCAUCCGCCAUCGAUAUGUGGUCGCUGGGUUGUAUCGUUGUUGAACUUUUCCUUGGCUUGCCAUUAUUCCCCGGAUCUUCCGAGUAUAACCAGGUGUCCAGAAUAGUGGAAAUGCUAGGCAUGCCACCAACUUGGAUGAUCGAAAUGGGAAAGCAAGCUGGUGAUUUCUUCGAAAAGACCCAAGACGAGUUCGGGAGACGGAGUUAUAGGCUCAAAAGUCUAGAACAGUACUCGCGAGAACAUAACACCAAAGAACAGCCUAGCAAACGGUAUUUCCAGUCGAACAAUCUGAGCGAGAUCAUUCGUAACUAUGCAAUGCCUAGGAAGAACAUGAAACAAGCAGAGAUUGAUAGAGAAUUAAACAACCGAGUUGCGUUCACUGAUUUUGUUCGCGGGUUAUUGACAAUCAACCCCUUGGAAAGAUGGUCCCCGCAACAAGCAAAACUGCAUCCGUUCAUAACCCAACAAAAGUUCACUCAACCAUUUGUGCCACCAAUGAACCUGAAAUCAUCAGUGGUUAAUAAAUCCGUUGCACCCGGUGUCCAGCAACAACAACAAGCCGAAGCUGCCAGCAAACAACGUGCGGUCCAGGAAGCCCAAGCCCAAGCCCAAGCACAGGUUCAAGCUCAGUCCGCCGCGCAGUCUGCAUAUGCAAUGCAGAUGGGCCAAUAUAACCCAGCUACUCACAGCCAACCGCCACCAGUGUACAACAAUAUAUACAGUGGUCACCAACAAGGGGCUCCUCUACCAUAUCCAGCCCAACAAUCGGGAUACGGUCAUCAAAUGGGAAUGAUGCAAACCCCUACGCAUAUCCCACAACAAUCAUAUGGAGCCUCGCAAAGCCUUUACGCUCAAGCGACAACGCGGGCUGGCCGACAAAGAGCUUCCACCAUGGAUCAGCAACAGAGUGGCAUCCCUCCCGCAAUUCAACGGGUUGCUAGUCACUUGGAUCCGAACGCGCCUAUUCGCCUACAACCUAGCCCUGCAUACUAUCCUCCACCGGCAGACGGCUAUCCCGAAGGAACUACGUCAGGAAAUAGGCGAAGAGGGAGCCGUGUAGGUGGGUCGCAAGGUCGGAACCGGGAUUUCAUCCGCAACCUUGAGGAUGGUGCACUUGGAGACGGGUUUAUGGCCCAAAAUCAAUGGCGCUGA